UUCUAUUUUUUUUAAAAAGGAAAAUCUUAUCUUCCUAUUUAAUCUUUUCACCGUCGUAAUUCAAGAAUUACAGUAUACAGAUAGUUCUCUCUUCUUUUGACUUUUAACCUCACAGACAAGGAAAGUAACAGAAUGAAGAAAGGCAUGCUUGCUUCUCAGGUAAAGCAUGGCGGUACGUCCGUUAAAGCGCAAAACAAGGGUAAGCCUCCUGUUCACGAAAAUCUAAGAAUUCACUACAUGGGUUUUAGCAGAAUGGGUUGGCUAGAGCUACUAUGGAUUGGAAGGGUGCUUGUUCUUAUGCAAUUAGUUCAUGGAGUAGCUGGUUGGGGAAAGGAUGGUCAUUAUGCUGUAUGCAAGAUAGCUGAGGGAUAUCUUACUCAAGAUGCUCUGGCUACAGUAAAAGAACUGCUCCCUGAUUCAGCUGGAGGUGAGCUUGCAUCUGUAUGCUCCUGGGCUGAUGAUAUAAAGUGGCAAUGGACUAGUCCCUUGCACUAUGUUAACACCCCAGAUUUCAAGUGUAACUAUAAGUACAGCCGGGACUGUUAUGAUUCUUACGGACGUAUAAAUAAUUGUGUAACUGGAGCCAUUUUCAACUAUACGAAGCAACUUUUUUCAGCAUAUCAGGGAUAUAAACCGAAGUUGAAAUACAAUUUGACGGAGGCACUUAUGUUCUUAGCUCAUUUUAUGGGGGAUGUUCACCAGCCAUUACAUGUUGGCUUCACAGGUAAUGCUGGUGGGAAUACAAUUAUGGUCCGUUGGUACCAUAGGAAGACAAAUCUACACCAUGUUUGGGAUAACAUGAUUAUUGAUUCUGCUGUGAAGACAUUCUAUGGAUCGGAUCUUGCAAUAAUGAUUCAAACCAUCGAGAGGAAUAUUACAGAUGCUUGGUCCAAUAACAUAUCAUCAUGGAAAUAUUGUAGAUAUGAAAAAACCGUUUGUCCUAACUGGUAUGCUGCUGAAAGUGUUAGGUUGGCAUGUAAGUUUGCAUACAGGAAUGCCUCACCUGGAAGCACCUUAGAAGAUGAUUAUUUCCUCUCUCGGUUGCCUAUCGUGGAGAAGAGACUUGCUCAAGGUGGGAUUCGCCUUGCUGCUGUGCUGAACCGACUAUUUAAAUCUGAAGUGAAAAUUGCUCGAGCUUGAAGAUAAAGGACCAGAGAGGCAUCUAUAAAUUAUGAAGUAGGGACCACUGUAGUAUUGUUCAUAGCUUAAACUAUUAAACACGAAAGGCCUAUGUAACCAAUUAUUUAUUACUCAUCCCUUUGUCAACUCUUUCAAGACAAGAAAUGUUAAUGAACGUGUCAUGCUUAUAGCUGAUUGUAUUGCUGUUAUUCUGCUGAUACCUCCCAUAUACCGGAAUAUGCCAUCACAUUGCUUGUGUUUAAGGUC